CGCGACGCACGUCACGCGCGCCGGCAGCGAACACGGCGUCUUCGAUGACUUCCACGUCGCUCUGCGCGGCGGCGAACGCCGCUCGCGUCGGCGCGAAGUCCCGCCGCGCCGGACGCGCGGCGACGCUCUCGUCGCGAGGAAUUACCAGCCCGGGCGACGUCGCCGCCUCCGUCUCCGGGCGCGCGCGCGGAGGGAAGCGCGUCGGGUGGCGGCGCGCGGACGCGACCCCGCGCGCGGAGGCGAUCUCGGACCCCGCGGGCGUCGUCGAGGAGGAGAAGGACGCGAAGCAGGAGGAGGUGGACAAGAUCCAGCAGAUGCUCUCCAAGCCCUACAAGCCCGGGUUCAAGACGGACAUCGAGACGGACACGAUCCCGAAAGGCCUCAGCGAGGACACCGUCCGAAUCAUCUCCGCGAAGAAGAACGAGCCGGAGUGGAUGCUCGAAUUCCGGCUGAAGGCGUUCCGGAAGUGGCUCACGAUGGAGGAGCCGGACUGGAGCGACAACCGGUACCCGGACAUCGACUACCAGGCGGUGUCCUACUACAGCGCGCCGAAGGUGAUGGAGAAGAAGAAGUCCCUCGACGAGGUCGACCCGGAGCUUCUCAAGACGUUCGAUAAGCUCGGCAUUCCGUUGUCCGAGCAGAAGCGGAUGACGAACGUCGCCGUGGACGCGGUGUUCGACUCGGUGUCCAUCGCGACUACGUUUCGCGAAGAUCUCGCCAAGGUUGGCGUCAUCUUUUGCAGCAUCUCGGAAGCGAUCAGAGAAUACCCCGAACUGAUCAAACAGCACCUCGGGUCCGUCGUCCCCGUGGGGGAUAACUACUUCAGCGCGCUCAACGCCGCGGUGUUCAGCGACGGGUCGUUCUGCUACAUCCCCAAGGGUGUCAAGUCCCCGAUGGAACUCUCGACGUAUUUUCGCAUCAACGCGGAGAGCAGCGGGCAGUUUGAACGCACGCUCAUCGUCGCCGAGGAGGGGUCGUACGUGUCCUACCUCGAAGGCUGCACCGCGCCCGCGUACGACGAGAACCAGCUCCACGCCGCGGUGGUGGAGAUCUCUGCCGCGAAGGACGCGGAGGUGAAGUACAGCACGGUGCAGAACUGGUACGCGGGGAACGAGGACGGCGUCGGCGGCAUCUACAACUUUGUGACGAAACGCGGACUGUGCAAGGGGGACAACUCGAAGAUCUCGUGGACGCAGGUUGAGACCGGGUCGUCGAUCACGUGGAAGUAUCCGUCCGUGGUUCUCGCGGGGGAUAACAGCGUCGGGGAGUUCUUCUCCGUCGCGCUGACGAACAACAAGCAGCAGGCGGACACCGGGACGAAGAUGAUUCACGUCGGGAAAAACACGCGGUCGAGGAUCGUGAGCAAGGGCAUCUCCGCGGGGAAGUCUCGCAACUGCUACCGCGGUCUGGUGCAGGUCUCGCCGAGCGCGGUGGGGGCGAGGAACUACUCGCAGUGCGACAGCAUGCUGAUCGGGGACAAAGCGGGCGCGAACACGUACCCGUACAUCUCCGUGAGAGAGCCGAGCGCGAGGGUGGAGCACGAGGCGUCGACGUCGAAAAUCGGCGAAGAUCAGCUGUUUUACUUUCAACAGAGAGGGAUCGACCCGGAGACCGCGGUGGGGAUCAUCAUAAGCGGGUUCUGCAACGAGGUGUUCAACGAGCUCCCGCUCGAGUUCGCCGCGGAGGUGAACGCGCUCAUGAGCCUGAAGCUCGAGGGGAGCGUCGGGUGAGGAGCGCGCGAGCUGAGGGUGAAAAAAAAUAAAAGUGCCGGGUCGAUGCGAUCUCGUUCGUUUAGUGCUUGCUUGUUCUUUAGUACAAGACGUUGUUUACUUCUACUCGUCGUUUAUCGCGUGAACGCUUUCAGACAAAAAAAAUGCUUGCUUCGCGUGCUCCUCCUCUCAAUUUUGCGCCCCCGGCCCGCCCUGUUGCGUCGGCGGGUCGAGCGGCGUCGGCGGCGCGGGCGUGAACGCCGGCGGCGGCGGCGGCGCUUGCGGCUGCUGCUGGGGUGGUGGUGGUUGCUGUUGCUGCUGCUGCUGCUGCUGCUGCUGCUGCUGCUGCUGCUGCUGCUGCUGCUGCUGUUGUUGCUGCUGAUGCUGCUCAAAGGACGGCGGCGGCGCCUGCUGCUGCUGCUGCUGCUGCGCCGCCACCGCCACCGCCGGCUGCCCCCCCCCACCCGCGUGCGCGUGCGCGUCCCCGUUGUACGCCGUCGGCGCCAUGGACAUCACCUCCGGGGCGUACGCCUGCGGCGUCGCGUCCCCGGCGGCGGACAUCGAGCUCAGGAUGCUAUCCGUGGACUUGACUCCCUUGAAGCUCGCGUCGGACUUGGCCUCCUUCAUCGCCUUCAUGCCCGUCUCGCCGUCCUUGCUCCCGGGAUCCUUCUUCCCGCCGUCCUUGUCCUUCUUCCCUUCGCCGCCCAACGACCCGCUGAACCCCGAGAGCGCCGACGCCUCCAUCGCCAUCAUCUUCUCCUUGGCGGCGGCUUUCUUCGCCUCUUUGUCGACGUCCCUGGUUGGGUUUCC